AUGAGCAGUUCCUGCUAUGCAGACAGUUCAAUAGGAACUACUCAAACAACUAUCAGCCAUGAGGCGCAGGCCAUCCUCUCAGGGCCACCAGAAAACCGAACCUCAGAAGGCAUCAAGCUGGCCAUGCUGUCUUUGCAGGCAACAGUCAGCACUUUCUCUGAAUACCCAGUCCACAUCCAGGAAAAACUGGCUCAGAUGGGUUGGUAUGAAUGUUUCGGGCCUGGAAGAGUGGUCAUCAGGCAAGGCCAUAUCCCGCAGAAUUUCUAUUUGAUUCUCUCAGGCACAGCUGUGGUCACCAAGGUGGCUGUCAACAAACAGACAGGAGAGCUUUAUGCCAACACGGUUGCCUUUCUGAAGAAAGGGAAAUAUUUUGGGGAUGUUGCCAUCUUGACGGGCGCUAGGAGAAACGCCACAGUUAUCUGUCAUGAUACUGUUUCCCUGUUGGCUGUUUCUAGACAGGAGUUUUUAAACAUAUUUCUGAACAGGGAAUCUGGCGAGGGACCAGAUUUCAUGAAUUUCCUGUGCAAAAUUGAACUGCUUUCAGGAUGGCCUGUUGAAAAGCUGCCUUACAAUAACCCCAGAAUUUGUGCUUUCACCUUCUUCAGGCCAGGAACAGUCAUUACAAAGGAUUCAAAGGCAUCAUCCAAAAUUUAUGUGAUCAAAACAGGGAGGCUGCGGGUCCUGAAGGCAAUGACAUCUUCUAAACCUCGGCUAUCAUUAAAGUCUUUUAGACACUCCCAACUCUACUGUGAGCCCAUCAGUGAUGAAGGGUAUUUGUACGAGAGGGAACCUGAGAGUCAGAAGGUUCCAUUCUCAGAAACUUUUAAUAAAGAGGAGUGCCUCUUGCCAGUGCUACAGAAAGAAAAAAGAACAGCUGAGCACCAACAACCAGCAUCAAGGUACACCCAAAAGGCUAUGAUUACGGACACAGAAGAGAGCACUAGAAUAAAGGAAGGAGAGGAAGCUGCACACAAAUACAUUCACAUUCAAACUCUCCAAACAGGUGAUAUCUUUGGCCUGGUGUAUGCAGUCUUUGAAGACACACUUAGCAUGACCCUGGUUUCUGAUGGAGCGGAGUGUAUUGUGAUAUCAAAGGAGUUCUUCAAAAGGCACAUGGAUGAGGACUAUCUCCAUAAAUUAUGCACAGUCGUUCAGCCUUAUCCUUCUAAAGAGAUGCUGGAGAAAAAGAUGCAAGACUACAUGAACUGGAAAGCAUACAAAUCUCUGCUGAUCCAUGGACCACAUUAG